AGAGCGAGCUGCGAGCUGCGAGCCGUGAGCCAGGUGAGCUUGUGCUUUGCUCUCGGCAGGUGAGUCGAGCCGCAGGACGCGAGCUGCCAGGGUGCUCUUUUCGUGGUGCGUGUUCAGUUCCGCCGCCGCCGCCGAAUGCUUCGAUUCUUGAAUAGCAUGUGACACCGAGGCUUCUUGAAACAACAGAAUGAGCGAGCGCCAGAUUCCGCACCUGCGCGACAUCUUCGGAGUGCCGUUCGACGGGAUCGAGAGCAGUCCGCGGUCGCGGCGCCGACGGCGGCGCCACGAUGACUUCCACCAGCUGGCGUCGCACUUCGACUCGAUGCACGUCAACGGCGACUCGAGCGGCGGCACCACCGACCCCGACAGCGCCGUCUCCGUCGGCUCCAGCGGAGAGGACGAGGCGAUGCAGCAGCAGCAGCAGGAAAAGCCGGUGAAGAGCCGCAAAUCGAGCAGCAAGCGGGACAACGAGUUCGGACACCGGACGCUGUCGCAGAAGGACGUGCGGCACCUGGAGCGACACCUGUCGAUGAAGAAGACGAUCCGCAAGAAGAUCAUGCGCGACCUGCAGCAGGCGUUCGUCGAGGACCCGAGCGAGUUCAGGGUGGACCCUGAGCAGCAGGGCCGGCGCGAGGUGAACCUGAUCGGCAACCUGAACUUCAACGGGCCGUCGCAGCAGUCGGACGCCAAUUUCCUCGAGAUUUUGCGCGACGACGACCGCGACUCGGGACACAGCAGUCCGACCAGGCAGAGCCGCAGGGACAGCAGGCAGCAGCACCUCGACGCCGCCAGGACAGACGACAACAAGCGCCAGACCAGCUUCUGGAAACGCUUCGCCUUCAUGGGCAAGAGCAAGAGAUGAAAUCGCCCCCCGAUCGCACACGUUCAAAUAAUAAAAUGCUUCCAUAAUUUUUUUUUAUUAAUUAUUUCUCGUAAUUGUAGUUUUUUUAGGUAAGUAGAUUCUCACGCCCUAAUUGUUGACGCUUCUACGCGAGUAUAGCAGGGCAUGCGUUUACUUUGUCUGAAGUUGGAAGCGAUUUACGAAGAGCAUCGCGUUUUUUGGCGGGAAAAAACAAUCAGUGACUUUCGUUGAACUGUAUUUUGCCUUUUUAAGAACUUUCUACGUCUAUUUAAACCCUCCAAUUCAUUAAAAAUUAAAAAAAUUAAUUGUGCGACCAAUAGCAGCUGCCACGCCCCUUAUUAAGAUUUUUGGAGCCACGCCUAUAGAAAUGUUUCCAUCGACCGGGUUUUGAAAUUAAAAAAUACUAUAUUUUUUGGCAGAUUUUUUCAUGUGCGUGAAGCCGAAAUGUUCGGCGUUGAAAUAGCCGAAAUCGACCUCCGAAGACAGGGGCGUAACCGAGGGAAUGUAAUUUGGCGGCGCACCACGCCCCCUAUGAGCAGUGCACUCUUGCCUGCCGUGUCCGCGCUGCCAUAUUUUAUUCCCUCGGUUACGCCCCCCUCUUCGGAGGCCGAUUUCGGCUGUUUCUCGAGGGGGGCGUAACCGAGGGAGUCCAUUUUUCCCAGCUAGAAAAUUUAAAAACCAUUCAGACUAAGUACGCGUGAUCCCUCACAGGACAGACGGGGAAAAAUUAAUAUUUCUCAUUAUUCGGAGAGGUGAUCGCGACAGUAAAAUCUUGUUGGGUGCGUCUUCUUGUUCGUGACGAAGAGCGCGUGAUGUCACUCUUGUUGACCUCACAAGAUGUUUUAUUUCUAAAACAUUCUUGCCCAGCCUGCAGAUUUGAAGCCGGUUUAAGAAGCAAGAAAUGACGUCACUGAUGGAGUCACUCUUUUGAAAAUAAUAAAAAUCAUUGUUUUUCCCCUGGGCAGCGGUAGGUACAUUUUAAACCGAACAGAUUCAGUUCUAAGCUAGCUACAGAGAUGUGCUUUGGACCAAAACACCUGUAAAAAAUGUCCUCUGCAACUUUGCAAUUUGGUUCAAGGUCGAAGGUCAAACUGAUUUAUUUAAAUAUGUGAUUUUUCCGACUGGUUUGAAAUGUAGCUGCGCCCUGUAAUGUCCUUUGCAUUAAUUUCUAAGUCUUUAAUGUGAUACCUUUUUACUUUGGAUUUCGGUUUUGAUUUAAGCACAAUUUUAUCAUUAUUAGAUGAAAAGAGAUUUUAAUUUUCUGUUAAUUCAUGUGCAAUUUUGUUGUAUGAGAACUGAAGUGUGAAUGAACUAUUUUUAAAAUUCUGCAA